AAGACAGUACAUUUUUAUUUGUUGAGCUCAGACAAGACCAUGACAUGUCCGGACUCAGAAGUCACCUGACUAUGAGGCACCAUAUAAACCCAGUGCAGGCAUCCUCUCUGCAUUGCAGUGCUCAGAAACAAACAGCCGCCAUUCAACUGAACACAGUGGCUAGAACAACAACAAGAAGAGCUUCAACAGGACAAUAAACAGCACAGUCAUGCUGUACCUCGCUUUGUUUUUCGUCUCCGCAGCCGUCGCCACCCCUCUGUUGGGUACUGAACAGUGUGCCCGUGGUCCUCCUUACUGGUGCCACAAUGUGAAGACUGCCUCUAUCUGUGGCGCUGUAGUCCACUGCCAACAGAAUGUAUGGAACCAACCCCAGAUGAAAUCUGUGCCAUGUGACCUGUGUAAAGAGGUGUUGGUUGUGGUGGACCAGCUGCUGAAAGACAAUGCUACUGAGGGUGAGAUCCUGGGUUACCUGGAGAAGGCCUGUACCUUGGUCCCUGACAAGAAUCUGUCUGCAGAGUGUAAGGAGCUGGUAGACAGCUACUACCCUAUCCUUAUGGGUAUCAUCACUGGAGAACUGGAGGAUCCCCAGGUGGUGUGUGGUGCCAUGGGGUUGUGUGGUACCCAGCAGGCAGCUCUGGCCAGGCUGGCUAAACUCAAGUCCAACCAGAGCCCCCAGCUCACAUCCAACGAGAUCCCCCAGGUAGACCUAGCCCAGAGGGUCGCCCCCUUCCUCCUCAACGUCCCUGGGCUCCUCUACCCUCAGGCGCAGGAUAACACCAAGCAGGGACCUGCUGCAGCACAGGAGGCUGGAGACGUUUGUGAGGACUGUGUGAAGUUCAUCACAGACACUCAGGAGGAAGCGAAGAGCAACUCUACCUUCGUCAACUCUCUGAUCGAGCAGAUCCAGGACCAGUGUGACAUGCUGGGGCCUGGCAUCUCUGACCUGUGCAAGCAGUACGUCAGCCAGUACGCUCCUCUCAUCGUCCAGCAGCUGAUGUCCAUGGAACAGCAACCCAAGGAUAUCUGUACCGUUGCUGGCUUCUGCUCUGCUGAUGUGAAGACCUCUGUCCCCAUGAUGAAGCUGGUGGCUGCCAAAACCAUCCCCGCUGUCAAACUGGUUCCUGCCACUAAGAUUGCGGCUGCCAAGCCCGCCAAGAACAUGGUGCGUGCCCGUGACUCCCCCCAGUGUGCCAUAUGUGAGUUCGUGAUGAAGGAGAUGGAGAGCUUGCUGGAGGAUGAGAAGACAGAGCAAGAUGUGGUGCGUGCUGUGGAGAAGGUGUGCUCUGUGCUGCCUUCUUCCCUGUCGGUCCAGUGUAAGGACCUGAUUGAGGCCUACGGCCAGGCCAUCAUUGAGCUGCUGGUACAGGAGGCUGACCCUAAAACUAUCUGCACUGUGUUGGGGCUCUGCAAGGACGCUAGCCGCGCCUUCAUCCCGGUGCUGGACCAGGCCCAGGUUGAGGCGGGUGGGUUCUGUGAGGUGUGUAAGGUGGCUGUGCAGUACAUCGACGGUAUCCUGGAACAGAACGCCACGGAGGCACAGAUCGAAGACGCCGUCAGGAAAGUCUGUAGCUUUGUCCCGGAGGCCGUGAGGAGCGAGUGUGACCAGCUGGUUGAGCAGUAUGAGCCCAUGCUGGUUCAGCUCCUCCUGCAGAUGUUGGACCCUGACUUUGUCUGCAUGAAGUUGGGGGUCUGUCCUGAGGCAGUGCAAAGGCUUCUGGGUAUGGAGCAGUGUAGCUGGGGACCCGCCUUCUGGUGCAAGGACAUGGACUCUGCGAAACGCUGCAAUGCGGUGGCACACUGCAGGCGUCACGUGUGGGAAUAGAGUGGAGAAGACCUACCUAAACAUUCUGACCCUUUAGGAAAUUAAGGACAAACACUAGUGCUGCUUAAGUUUUAAAUCAAUAAAUGUCACUUUUUUUUUUUUCUCCUCUCUCUAUAAACAUGUGGCAUUUUAAGUUUUUGAUAUUGUCUAAAUGAAUUUACCUGGCAGGUUUCAAGGGAGGGAGUGGAUGCCUUUUUCAGUUAAUGUGGGGGAAGAGGUGGUAUUGUGGCUGAGAGGGACUCUUCCUACCUGACUGUUUAGUUACUGGGACAAACCUCCAGAAUGAUACUGUACUGAUUUACUUUAAUAUGCCUGGUUUGUGUAAAGCUGUCAUUUAGAUUUCACAUGUUAAGCCUUGUCCUGGACUGAAAAGGCACGGAAUGCUUCUUAGUCCAAGAAUCAGGCCCUUUUUUUUUUUUUAUGCGACGCAGACCAGUGAGAAGAGAAAUACUGCGCUGUCUGUGAAAGAGUGCUUGCAUACCUCCCAGUUGAGUCUUAGUAGGUCCUUUGACCUCUUGUCUACUCUUUACCCUACCGACCAGCAUCCCUUGCGGUGACUGCAAAUGGAGGAACCUGCUCGGACAGUAUAAAUCGUACCUUCCUGGGAUGUUUUCUGUUUAACGAAGUCUGUUAUCUCCUUAAAGCAAAUUUUAAAUCUAGUUUGUAGAAACUGUUGGAUUUGUGUAGAAUACUUAGUUUUUAUUAAAUUAGUUUAUUUGAGAGUGACGAUUGGGGUGCUUCUGAAACGGCAUCCUAGUCCCUGAAGUAGUACAUUUUAUAUAGGGAUUAAGGUGCCAGUUUUUAGAUGUGGCCUGUGUACAUUUUGUUAGCUUGUCCGUUGCCCUGGGUGGCGACUCCACUGUAGCACCAAGUGGUGUGGGCUACUCAAAUGGGAUUCCCUCCCCAAUGGCACCUUGGUCCCUAUGGGCCCUGGUCAAAAGGAGUGCACUAUAAAGGGAACAAGGUGCCAUGUGGGACGUAGACGUCUCUAGCAACAUGCUCGUGUGCCCCUCCCCUUCUAGCCUACUCAGCCAACCAAUGUGCUGACUCACUCUGUUUAUGCUAAUCAAUGUUUCUAACUAUCGAUGGAGAGCUUGAUGUGACCAAUAAUCACUGGCCGACAGCCUCGCUGUUCAACCCUGAAACUGAUCGAUCAAUUUUUAACUGAAAUAAAAUUAUCCCAAAUCCG